AUGGGAAUAACUCCUUACAUCUCCGAGACGACCUACGGAAGUGAUCUAAAUAGGGAUCUAAAGGAGGGAGGAUUCCUCUCGAUGUUUGUUCGCCACAUCUUUUCAAUAGUAUGUUUUACUUGCAUUUAUAAAGUUCAGACGCAAAACACAAACUUUGUAGCAGGUGAAAGCAUCAAGUCAAAAAUUGAUGAUGCUAUUGGGGACAAAGAUUUAGACCUCGAGGUUAGAGAACAAAAUUACCAGAACUGUGGAAAUUCAGACAAAUGUAAAAGAGAGGACCGCGAUCCUAAUAGUAUUUCCGUAGCUAAUGAGAAUUUUGGUGAAGUUAAAAUGCGGGAAAAGGGAGAUCAUGUACUUAAGAACAGUGGAAGGUUCAGAGCAAAAAGUAAUAACACAAAUAAUAAGGGAAAAUAUAGACCCAAAAGUUAUGAAAUGAAGAACAGCGAAAGAAGUAGAAUCAAAAGCAAUGAGAUGAAGAAUAGGGAAAGAUAUAGGCUAAAGAGUAAGGAAAUGAAGAACAGGGAGAGAAAUAGAACCAAAAGUAAUGAGAUGAAGAAUAGGGAAAGAUAUAGACUAAAGAGUAAUGAAAUAGACGAUGAUACGGACAUCGUAUAUGGCUCACGCUGUGAUCAAAUGGAAAAAGGUGAAUGUUGGUUUGUUCGAGAAAUAGGGGAUACUCUUACUUUGACAGUAAACAUCACAAGCGCGAAAGGAGCAGACGCAUUCGUUGUCCGGUGGCAUAAGAUUUACUACAAAAGAAGCAAAAAUAAAAGAAUUGCCCUGGAAAUUCAACCUGGAAGACUCCCGUGGAAUAUGAUAUGGGGUGCGAAUGGUCGAGAGCUACGGAUUGAUCCAGUGACAAACUAUGACGUGGAUCCAAAUGCAAUUGCUGCAAAAGUUUUUGAGGUAGAGAGGAAAGAUGGCAGGAAGCUCUUUCAGAAAAAGAAAGAACUCAAGUUUCACAUCGACAUACCUGCUAUAGAUAUGGGUAAUGUCUACUCAAGUGGACAACUGAACAUCAACCUCGAAAACUUCAUUUCAUUACCCGAGAGAGGGAAAUUGACGUUCGAUUGGACCAUCAAGCAGCCCGAUGGCCAAUACUUGCCUCUGCCGAGCAAUUUUAGAAUCAGUCCUUCAGGCAGAUCCGUUGUCAUCAAAGAAUUGAAAAGGGCACAUGCAGGAAUCUUGAUGGCCGUCAUCUAUUCCUCCAGAAAUGUAGCCAUUGCAAAAAGAAAAUUCAGCAUUGAGAAAAUUGGCUGCACAGGUUCCUUGGAGGCCAAAAUGUUCCGUCGCUGGAUUCGAUCUCUCUUCGGAGAGCCCAGCACUGAAGAUCCAAAAGUAAUGCUCGUAGAGAAACUGAUUGCUUUGAGUGAAAACAGCGAUGGAACCAUUGACGAUCUCAUACCGCAUGAAAUUCACUACGUUUCGCCGAAAGUAAUGCUUGUUAAGGACAGUGAUGGAAGUCCCGUAGAGGCUCAUAGGGGCUUCUGCCACUGUCAGCCUGAAUUCUUCGGAGAUGGUUUCGUGUGCUUCAAGAUACCAAGGGGUAGUCACAGAGACAAACGAAUACGGAGACAAGAAGACGAAGAGUAUGAUGGCAUGGUUGUUACUCAGCCGCGUUCCUUCACAACGGGUCACUCUGCCACCAAAAAAUUCAAAGACGAAGACUUGUAUCCGAAACUGCUGGCUUUUGAAGAUGAAGAAUCUGCCCUUCUUAGCAUCUGCUUGAAUCGGAGUGACUGCAGUGUCCAUGCUGUUUGCACCGCACCUGCGCAUGGGCAUUCAUAUUGCAAAUGUCGUCCAGGAUUCCGAGGCAAUGGCAUCUUCUGUUGGGAGAUCAUAGACUACGUGCCAGUAGAGGAACAAAAGGUCUCAGAAGAUGUGCUCGAUUGA